AUGAGUAAGGAACAAUCACCAACAAUGCAAAAAGGACCAACCUUUGAUGAUAUUUUGCAAAUGCUCAAAAAAUCCUUCAUAGAGGAAACAAAAGAGCUUAGAGAGGAAUUAAUGGAUUGGAAAGUAAAAUGCAAAGAAUUGGAAAAGCAAAACAAUAUUCUUGAUUAUAGGAUCAAAGGAUCAAGCAAUAGAAUAUCUGAAUUGGAAAAAAAGCUAGAGGAAACAGAAGAAUUGAAAAAUUCUACAAUGAGAAAAUAUUAUGAUUUGAAAAGAGACUAUGAUGACUUGAACCAAUUCAAAACAUCAAUAACACACAUGGUUAGCCCAACAAAAGACAAGACAAAGCAAUCUAUCAAUCCAGCUACAAAUUUAACUUCUAAAUUUUCUUCUCCAGAAGUGAGAAAAACAAGUUCAUUUGUGUUCAACUCAGAAGAUGACCUUUGCACCCCAAGUAAUCACUCCAAUAUAAGUAAUAUUUCUGUAAGACAUGACUCAUAUGACCCUAUCCUGACAAGUGUGCACCAAAGAAAUAAGUAUGGAUCUGAUUCUCCAAUAAUAUUUAACAGAACACCUCAAAAGUCUAGGGAUCAAACAGUAAGAAGUAGAAGUGCAACACUCUCAAAUAGAAAGAGAACCUCAAUUCUAAAAGAUCCAUCAUCAUUUACUUCCAGAGAAAAGAAUGUAAAGUUUUCACCAAGUACAAAAACUGCUGAGCUAGGAGAAAAAGAAGUGCCAGUGGAUACACCAUUUUCUGCUCCUCCUACACCACAUUCAUCGUUUGGAGUUCAAUACACUAAGAAGCCAGAUUUGAAAGAGGAAUCCCAUGACAAGGUAGUAGCUGAUAGAUUUGUAUCCACACCAUCAAGGCGAACCUAUUCAAGUCAAGAAUCGGCAAAUAACUACACAAAGAAUUCUAAUCGAUUAGCAAGUAGUAUUGCAAGUAGCGACUUGGAAGAGAUUAGUGCUGAUGUAACAGCUCAAGAGUUGUAUCUGAGAGUGAAGAAGGCUCUCUCACCAGAUGAGUUUAAGAACUUUAGCACAAAUAUCAGAAAAUUGAACAUGGGUGAACAAUCCAUCACCACAACCCUAGUUAAUCUGCGAGAAAUUAUUGGAGAAGAACGUCAGAACUUGUACUCACAUCUGAAGAGAGUAAUAUCUGCUGGAGAAAUGUAG